AUUAUACAGUACACAUUUCUGUUCCUAUGUUCUGAACAAAUUCAACAUUUUGCAAAUCAAGUUAUAUAAGCGUUUACUUAUUUAAUUAAAAAUGCCUUAAAUUUUAGUGAAUGAACUAUUUUUGGAAUCCGUUGAUGGGAUUACGACGCAGCAGCAGCUGCACGCAGCCGGAAAUUCUAAAAUUCGGCACGUCUCGUGCACCUUCAGUUAAAGCUUUAUAUCAAGUGGGCUUUACGUAGAAGCAAUCAUAGUAGAAUAUUAAGACGUGCCCAAACACAUAUUUUCAGAACUAUUUCGCAGUCGAAAUGUCGUUGAACUAUUUGAUUUUGAUGUUUCCAAGAGCUAAGCGCCAAAGAUUGAAGGGCAGCAGUAGCUGAUUGUGAAUGGAGACUGGAAGCUGUCGUAUGUUUUGAUAUCAGAAAUGAAUAUAUGAUGGGUGUCCCUUAAGAAAGAUAACAAACUUCUAACUUAUAUCAAAUAGAAUAUAACAGCAGUGUACGCUGUGGCUGAUAGGGUCAAAGUGCAACCGGCACGUGCCACUACGUUACAACGCCGACUAUUUAAGCCAUGACCCACGCUAACGUGGCGCAGUUCGAAGCGAAUCAAACAAGCAGAAAACCAUGAAACUACAACUAGUUUUGCUCAUUGUAUGUCUGGUUAGCAGCUGCAGGGCUCAGGAGGAGCCAGAGGAUCAGGAACAGAAAGGAGAGGCAGGUGAAGCAGCAGCAGAAGCAGCUCCUGCCAAUCUUGGGGAUAGCCGACCGGACAGAAGCAACGCUUCCAUACGUCGCAUUUUGGACGAGAAUACAAAGGUUCUACGACAAUUGGACAACAAGGCGCAGGGCAUAAGUAAUUCGCAGAAGGGCAUUGAGGGUAAGUUGAGGCUGUUGGGUCAGGAUGUUGCCGGCAUUGAACGCCUGGAAGAUGGCCUCAAGAGACUCGAGUUGAGCACAGCUGCCAAUUUUCAUCUUACGGCCCAUGGAAUUCGUAACCUGACUGCUAGCAUUCGGGCAGCUGAGAAUAAAACGGAUUGGGCUUUAUUGAAUCUUGCACGUGGGCAGCAGGAUAUCAAGCAGUUGAUUUCCAAGGUGGAUGCCAAUCAGAAUAAACAUGAGCAUAGUCUCGAUCAGGCUACCAAAUCCGUGACUCUGCGUCUCUCAGCUCUGGACAACUUGCUCAAGCAGUCCGUGCUCAAAGAAGUAGUGGCCCUCGUCCAAGUGGCGAAGAAGCUGGAGCAGUCCCAACGACUAAUUGAGAACAAAGUCGGCCAUCUGGAUGAAUUGACGGCGUUGUCUGGCCUAACAGCCAGCAAGGUGCACCAGUUGGAACACGGAUUGCGUUCCAUAAACAGCACGCAGCAUCGCCAAUUGGCGGCAAUCGGGCACACGGUGGAACAUGUAGGCGCCAGCACCUGGCAGAUCGACAAUAAGCUUGGCGUGCUGCUCAGCACACAGAAGAACAUUGAACGUGCCUUGGUCGAGUGCAAGAAAUGUUUCCCCUCCCACAAGCAGCCGGAGAGUCCACAUGAUCGUUGGCAACAACCUGGCUAUAUAUCCUACGAUCACAAGGAGGCAAAUAAGCCAUCUUCAAAGGAAUAUGAAAGCAGCUAUGAUCAUGCCGAUGAAGCCUCCUAUCUGUAUCAGCUUUGGUAUGGAAAGGACGAUAAAUAGAUGAUCCUGUUGAUCAAAAACUUUUUUGGUCUUGCUUUUUGCUUUGACUAAUAAUUGCCCCUGGGCCAACGGUCUAGUCCUCAGGUUGUGUAUUAUAUAUCCUUCGGCUUAUCGAAGAUUCUAUGGUCAGCUAUAGAAAUAUUCUGAACUAAUCUCACUAAUCUCAACUUUUUGGGCAAUCAGAAAACAAGCGCAUAAAAUCUGUUACAUUUCUUGAUUAUUUGGAGUUCAAACUUAACAAUUAAUAGUUUGUCUUUUAACUAACAAAUGCACCUAUUGAGCCUCUGUUGUCUUUUAUAGUGGACACACACUUGCAACAGAUGCUUUACACACACGUUACACUUACAAAUUGUUAAUAAAGUUAUUUGUUAUUGCAUA